AUGACAAGUCGGACAGAAUAUGGUACAAUUCCUGUGGAACCUGUGGAAGAUUUAGAUUUGUUGCAAUCUAGUCGUCCUGGUUACGGUACUCGCAGUGUAUUUGAGGUUUCUUUAAAUAUCGUCAAUGCGACUGUGGGAUCUGGUAUCAUUGGUUUACCAUUCGCUUUGUUGAUUGCUGGUUUCUCCACUGGUAUUGCGAUCUCUGUGUUUGUGUCUAUUCUCACAUUCUUUGCUGUUUAUACUCUUAUCUUGACGGGCCAAAAGACGCAAAUCUUCAAUUUCUCUACGAUUGCCGAGGUUGCUAUGGGACGAUUUGGUUUCCACAUGUUGAAUUUGAUGUUAUUUAUUCAGAGUGCAGGCAGUGUUAUUAGUUAUUUUAUUUUGGUUGCGGAUACAAUUCCAAUUUUAUUAGGGCUCUAUUUCCCCCAAUUUCCAGCCUUGGCGGACCGUCAAUUGGUCACUAUUCUUGUUGCGGUCUUGGUCAUCUUUCCUCUCAAUUUAUUUAGAUCCAUCGGAGCACUUGCGCGAUGGUCCGCAUUCUCCGUCUUGCUGUUACCCGUCAUGAUUAUCACUGUAUUGAUCCGAGCACCCGCUUAUUCCAAAGAACAUGAGGCUCCUAUUAUGGAGGUCGGUAGAGAUCCCGUUGCCGCAAUGGGAAUUAUGUCAUUUGCUUUCGUUUGUUCUCAAGUAGCUCAUUCCAAUUAUCUUUCGCAAAAGAACCAGUCUAUGGACUCUUGGAAGAUCACCUCGUUCCUGUCUACUUUAAUGAGUUGGGCUAUUUCCAUGUCCUUUGCUGCCAUUGGUUACCUCAGCUUUGGCAAGGAUGUCUCAAGUAGUUUAUUCAGUAAUUUCCCCGUCGAUGAUAACGUCAUUAAUGUUGGCCGAUUUGCCUUGGGUUUAUCGAUGGUUCUUACCGUUCCAAUGGCAUUUUACCCAGCAAGAGAAGCGGUACAAAAGACAAUUGGCUUUGAAACGGCUGACCGUCAACCUACAGCAUUACAACAUUAUAGCGUCACCGUUGUUCUAUUUGCAAUCUUUUUAAUUUUUGGUGUUCAAAUCAGAUCUUUGGGUAAAGUCUAUUCGGUAGUAGGUGGUAUUGCCUCUUCUUUCUUAGCGUACAUCAUUCCCGGAUUCGCCUAUGUCGCAGUCUUUCAUCCCAACUGGUUGAACAGACCUGCUUUGAUCGACCCUGCUUGUUUAAAGGUACAAGCCAAAUCUACUUGGUGGUUGGAUAUCGCGUCUGUUGUGCUAGUUGUAUUUGGUAUCAUUGUCAUGUCAUUUACUGCUCUUGGUGCCCUCCACUAA